CACCUCCCAGUCUCUCUUCCUUCACCUUGACCCCCUUGUACACUACCACACUCUCAGGGGACAAAACAUCAUGUCUUUUGUUUUCAAGCGCGGUACACGUCGGGAGACUGUCCAGUUUGACAAGAUCACUGCACGCAUCGCCAAGCUGUGCUACGGCUUGGACGCACGAUAUGUCGAUACCAUCGAGGUGGCAAAGAAGGUGAUCGCCGGUGUCUACCAGGGUGUCACCACCGUCGAGCUCGACAACCUUGCCGCCGAGACCGCCGCUUACCUCACCACGAAACAUCCCGACUACGCUAUCCUUGCUGCGCGUAUUGCCAUCUCCAACCUCCACAAGGAAACGAAAAAGAGCUUCUCGCAAGUGACCAAGGAUCUAUAUGAGUAUGUUAACCCCAAGAACGGCAAGCUCGCCAGCAUGGUCUCGAAAGAAACCUACGAUAUCGUUCAGGCCAAUGCUGAACUGCUUGACUCUGCGAUCAUCUACAACCGUGACUUCAGCUACAACUACUUUGGCUUCAAAACUCUUGAGCGCUCGUACCUCCUGAGAAUCAACGGCCGUGUCGCUGAGCGACCGCAGCACAUGAUCAUGCGUGUCGCCAUUGGCAUUCAUGGCGAUGACAUCGAGCAUGUCCUCGAGACAUACAACCUGAUGUCCGAGCGCUUCUUCACCCACGCUUCGCCAACGCUCUUCAACGCCGGCACCCCUCACCCUCAGAUGGCCUCCUGCUUCCUUGUCUGCAUGAAGGAUGACUCCAUCGAAGGCAUCUACGAUACCCUCCGGCAAUGUGCUAUGAUUAGUAAGACCGCUGGUGGUAUCGGUAUGAACAUUCAUUGCAUUCGUGCAACGAACUCUUACAUUGCUGGCACUAACGGUUAUUCCAACGGCAUUGUACCCAUGCUUCGUGUCUUCGACUCGACAGCCCGUUAUGUUGACCAAGGAGGCAACAAGCGCCCAGGUGCCUUCGCCAUCUAUAUCGAGCCCUGGCACCCUGAUAUCUUGGACUUUUGUGACCUCCGGAAGAACCACGGUAAAGAAGAAUCCCGCGCCCGUGACCUCUUCUAUGCUUUAUGGAUCAACGACCUCUUUAUGAAACGGGUGGAGGCCGACGAGGACUGGUCCCUUUUCUGCCCUAAUGAAGCUCCCGGUCUCGCUGACGUCUGGGGCGAUGAAUUUGAGACACUGUACUUGAAGUACGAGAAGGAGGGUCGUGCAAGGCGUACCAUGCCCGCCCAGAAGCUCUGGUACUCUAUCCUCGAAUCUCAGAUCGAGACCGGUGGUCCGUUCAUGCUCUACAAGGACUCUGCGAAUCGCAAGUCGAACCAGCAGAACCUCGGUACGAUCAAGUCGUCCAACUUGUGCACUGAGAUCAUUGAGUACUCCUCGCCCGAGGAAACCGCCGUCUGCAACCUUGCCUCCCUCGCUCUCCCUACCUUUAUCCGCGACGGCAAGUACGACUUCAAGACGCUGCACGAUGUCUCCAAGGUUCUUACGUACAACUUGAACCGAAUCAUUGACCGAAACUACUACCCGGUCCCCGAAGCCGAGCGUUCAAACAUGCGUCACCGUCCCAUUGGUCUCGGCGUACAGGGUCUUGCGGAUGCCUUCAUGAUUCUUCGCAUGCCCUUCGACUCUCCCGAGGCUCGCAGGCUUAACUUGCAAAUCUUCGAGACCAUCUACCACGCCGCUCUCGAAGCCAGCAGUGAGCUUGCUGAGAAGCUUGGGCCCUACGAGACCUACAAGGGCAGUCCCGCUGAGCAAGGCCAGUUGCAGUACGAUCUCUGGGGAGUUACCCCCACUGACCUCUGGGACUGGACUGAGCUCAAGGCCAAGAUCGCUCGUCACGGUCUCAGGAACUCCCUCCUCGUCGCCCCCAUGCCGACUGCCUCGACCAGUCAGAUUCUCGGUAACAACGAGUGCUUCGAGCCCUAUACGAGCAACAUCUACACCCGCCGUGUGCUCGCUGGCGAGUUCCAGGUCGUCUGUCCCUGGCUCCUGCGCGACCUCGUCGAGCGUGACCUGUGGAACGAUGACAUGAAGAACAUGAUCAUCGCGCACAACGGUUCGGUCGCCAAUAUUCCGUCCAUCCCCGAAGAUAUCAAGCAGAUCUACAAGACCGUCUGGGAGAUCUCGCAGAAGGUCGUCAUCGACCUCGCCGCCGACCGCGGCGCGUUCAUCUGCCAGAGCCAGUCGCUCAACGUCCACCUGCAGGCGCCGACGCUCCGCCAGCUGACGAGCAUGCACUUUUACGGCUGGAAGAAGGGUCUCAAGACGGGCAUGUACUACCUCCGCACGCGCCCCGCCUCGCAGGCGAUCCAGUUCACCAUCGAGCAGAGCGUCAUCCAGAAUGCCAAGGCAGCGCAGAACGCCGCUGUCAAGGCGCCUGGCGCUGCCGCCGGCAUCCCCACGCCUUCUGCAUCGCCCUCGCCCGCACGCCCCGCCGCACGCCCCACUCAGGCUUCUGAGUCGGACGUGACGGAGGCACUGAGCAACCUCUCGGUCGCGGGGUCCUCGACGGCAUCUGCCUCUAUCGUGGAGACGACGGUCACGAGCACCUCCGUAGGAACUUCAGCCUCGGGCACACCUGGGUUGACUGAAGCUCAGGAGAAGGCGGCGGCCGAGGAUCCCGAGUUUGCCGCUGCUCUGCAACGGCAGCGCGAGCGUCAAGAGGCUAUCCUCGCAUGCUCGAUAGAAAACAAGGACGCGUGCCUCAUGUGCUCUGGCUGAGAGUCGCUGGUCGUAGAUGAUGGUUCCCCUUCUGCUUCUUAGUCUCUCGUACAUCGCACACCUACAUGUCCACUCCUACCCAUUGCAUUUGAUCUCGCUAUCUUGUCUUACCUUGUCUCCAGUUCCCUCGUGUAUGUCAUAGAACCACUAAUGAAUGUAUUCCAUCUGAAAUGACUGAAAAAGAUACACGUCUGAG